AUGGCUACUUCUGAUAUCCAAGUGAAGGAACUGGAGAAGCGUGCUUCUGGGCAGGCAUUUGAGCUGAUCCUUGGCCCCCGCUCCAAAGAAGCAGCCCCAGAGUUCCCCCUGUCCCCUCCAAAGAAGAAGGAUGUCUCACUGGAGGAGAUUCAGAAGAAGCUGGAAGCAGCAGAGGAGAGGCGCAAGUCUCACGAAGCAGAAGUCUUGAAGCAGCUUGCUGAGAAGAGGGAGCAUGAAAAGGAGGUGCUCCAGAAAGCCAUUGAAGAGAACAACAACUUCAGCAAAAUGGCUGAGGAGAAGCUGACUCACAAAAUGGAAGCUAACAAAGAAAACCGUGAGGCACAAAUGGCUGCCAAGCUGGAGCGCUUGAGGGAGAAGGACAAGCAUAUUGAAGAGGUGAGGAAGAACAAAGAAGGCAAAGACCCUGGUGAGGCUGAAACUGACUGA